UCUGGUCUUCUCUAAGAUGGCGGGGGAGCAAUUGGGAGUACUUACUGCGCUUGAUUUAGCCAAGACCCAAUGGUACCACUUCACAGCGAUUGUGAUUGCCGGGAUGGGCUUCUUCACGGAUGCAUAUGAUCUUUUCUGCAUCUCCCUCAUCACUAAGUUGCUGGGGCGAUUAUAUUACACCGAUCUUACCAAACCAAAGCCGGGAACUCUGCCGCCCAGUGUUUCAGCUUCUGUGACUGGUGUCGCCCUUUGUGGCACUCUGGCGGGCCAGCUAUUCUUCGGUUGGCUCGGCGACAAAAUGGGCAGAAAGAAGGUCUAUGGUAUCACUCUUAUUCUCAUGGUCGUCUGCUCCAUUGCCUCAGGCCUCUCUUUUGGCUCCAGCGCAAAGGCUGUUAUAGCCACACUUUGUUUCUUCCGAUUCUGGCUCGGUUUUGGAAUCGGAGGGGACUAUCCUCUUUCAGCCACAAUCAUGUCCGAAUAUGCCAACAAGAAGACUCGUGGGGCUUUUAUAGCUGCAGUCUUUGCCAUGCAAGGUUUUGGCAUCUUGGCUGGAGGGAUUGUUUCUUUGAUUGUCUCAGCUGCAUUUGACCAUAAGUACAAGCUUCCUACCUACGAGGAAGACCCAGCAGGUUCCAUCGUGCCUGAAUUGGACUACGUUUGGCGCAUCGUUUUAAUGUUUGGUGCACUACCUGCUGUUCUCACCUACUAUUGGCGAAUGAAAAUGCCAGAGACAGCCCGGUACACUGCUCUUGUCGCCAGGAAUGUGAAACAAGCAACUACAGAUAUGUCAAAAGUUUUGCAAGUCGAACUUGAGGUUGACGAGGAGAAGGUCAAUAGGCAUGCGGCUGAGAAUGAAUCCAAUAAAUUCGGCUUGUUCAGCAAGGAAUUUCUCAAGCGCCAUGGGCUGCAUUUGCUGGGAACCACUAGUACCUGGUUCUUAUUGGAUAUCGCCUUCUACAGUCAGAACCUUUUCCAGAAGGACAUUUUCUCUGCAAUCGGAUGGAUCCCUCCUGCAAAAGAAAUGAACGCAAUUCAUGAAGUUUACAAGAUUUCAAGAGCUCAGACACUCAUAGCUCUGUGCAGUACCGUGCCGGGUUACUGGUUCACAGUGGCAUUAAUUGAUUACAUGGGCCGUUUCGCCAUCCAAUUGAUGGGUUUCUUCUUCAUGACGGUCUUCAUGUUGGCCCUGGGCAUACCAUACCAUCACUGGACCUUAGAGUCCCACCGAAUCGGGUUCGUUGUGAUGUACUCCCUCACCUUCUUCUUCGCCAACUUUGGUCCAAAUGCCACCACAUUCGUUGUGCCUGCAGAGAUUUUCCCAGCAAGGCUAAGGUCUACAUGUCACGGAAUAUCAGCUGCUGCAGGAAAAGCGGGAGCGAUUGUGGGUGCUUUUGGUUUCUUAUAUGCGGCACAGAGCAGAGACCCUACAAAGACUGACGAAGGGUACCCUCCAGGAAUUGGGAUUCGAUACUCUCUGAUAAUGCUUGCUGUGAUCAACUUCGUUGGGAUGUUGUUCACCUUCUUGGUGCCAGAAUCAAAAGGCAAAUCACUGGAGGAGUUGAGUGGGGAGAACGAUGAUGGUGAAGAAGGUGUGGUGCGAACUGGGCAAGCUGCGACUGGCAGGACAGUUCCAGUUUAAUGGGGGUUCGCCCCAG